UUUUAUGAAAAAUAUGUAGCAUGGGUGAUAAGUUUGUUAAGAGUAUUUGUGGAACUUGUGAAUAUAAGGCUCCAAAAAUCAACUUUGAAGAAAUUUAUACAAAAUUUUAUUAUUGGUGGACAUUAUUAUUUGAUAUGAUAUUGGUAGACCUCCUUUAAUUAGUUAAACAAAUAAAUAAAAUUUUGAAUUGGCUACUGUUAAAGAUAUUGAAAUUCCAAAAUAUUAAUCUGAAGAAGCUAUAGAUAUUUAUCAAUAAAUUUAUUGAAGAGAACCAUGAAGAUAUAUUAAAUGAAUAAAGAUAUUAAUAUUUAAAAGAAUGA